AUGGGUCAAAAAGCCAAAUAUCUAACGUUGGCAGAAAAAACAGCUGCAUUGCGCAGACAAAAGGCGAACUAUGCACAGUCUGAGAGGGGGAAAGCUACUCGUCGACUUCGACGUUCUCAAAACUAUGCCAAAGCACACAGUCGCAAAGGCUCGUCAAAGCCACCCCUAGCAUCAUCCCGGCUUCCACCCCUGCCUCGAGUUCUCAUCAAUCUAGCAAACGCCUCCCUUCCAGAUGGUGAUCUAUUUCGUUGCGCUUCCCAAAGUGCUGACAACCUCGAUGAAUCGGAGCUCCCACAAUGGGACAAUAAUCCCCCCUACGCUAUGCCUCCUCCAUCCGACACUCCAGCAGAGGUUCGAUUCACAGAAAACCUUGUGCAGGUCAUGCACGGCCGUAACUCACGCUUAGAGAAGGAGCAGCUACAACAACGUGCACGGAAGUACAAUGCAGGAAGGCCAGAUCUUUGUACAGAGUUGAAACAUGCUAUUGGCGUGCUGCUGGGAGAGUGGUACAUAUUGCAAGACUAUAUCUCUGACGCAAGGGACUGUGAUAGACACAUCAAGAUGGCCCAAUGUCUCUUGCGAUGGCGUGCACGCAGGAUUUAUCUCUAUCACACUGAGGUUGAGAAGAUGUUAAACGGACUUGAUCCAUAUAUUUAG